AUGUUUAAUACAUAUUCCUUUCUCCUAUUAAAUGAUCCUUUAAAGCAACCUAACAAAAUUCAAAGUGACUCAGAAGUUGCUCAAAAUCCAGUAUGUUUCAUGAAGAAGAAGAAAAAUGCAUCGAAUCACAUCCUCAGUAUGGAGAAAAGAGCCCUACAGGCUCUUUGUCAACCUCAAUGGAAAAAUAACCACCACAAAUCAGAUGAUUUAUUUUUUCCUGAUGACACAAACACUUGCACCACAGACCCAACAAAAGCAAAUAUGUCUAAGAUGAGGAACAUCCUCCGCCCAUUUUCAUUCAAGCUUAGUCAAGCUAUUUUCAAUAUGACUUGGUGCAGUCCACCGCUUCUUGAAAAGGCCAUUAUUCCUUCUCCAUUGUCUUUAGUAACAACUCAUUGCAUCUGCUUUUCACAACAUCCCCAUGGAGCAAUUGUUCAAAAGACAGUAAUUUGUCUUCAUUGA